GUGCUAGCGCCGUAAAAUUCUCACGAAAACCAAACAUCUCUUUCCCUCUCCCACAGACCCAGCAGCAUGCUAAGAGCGCUAGUUACUCCUAACUACAGCAACAACAACAACAACAACAACAAAAACAACAAAAACAACAACAACUGAGAAUGGAACCCCCCCUAAUCAGAUCCGGCCCACCCGCUCUGCUCGCCAUGUCACCCUACCCGCCUCAACAACAGCACCACCUGAAAACAGCAGCUGUCAACCACCGUAACUUCUUCCCCGCGCCAGCGAUACCACCACCUCCAACAGCAACAGCUGCAGCUACAGCAUCAACAGCAACAGCAGCCGGUGUCGGUCCGUAUUUCUACAGCCCGAAUUAUCACCAACAACAAAUUCGCGAAAUUGACUCUUCCUCGCACUCUGUCAAAACCGCGGAAAGUUCUGAAGCCAUUCGCCUCGGCGUUCUGAAAUCUUCCUUCAACCGCGCGAGCUCAGGACAUCAUCAUCAUCAUUUCUUCGAGGGUAACGAAGUCCUUCAACAGGCAAGGGGAGGCUAUUCGUACAUGGUUCCGCCCGACACUCGUUUGUCUGACAACUGUGUGAACGGUGCCUUACCUGAUGUGUCUCAAGACAUUUAUGUCAACGGUUCUUUAGCGGAUGUGUCUCAAGACAUCUAUAAUGUGAACGGUUCUUCAAUGGAGGUUUCUCAAGACAGUUGCACCAGUUACAACGACGACGAUGAUGAUGAUGAUGAUGAUGGUGAUGAUGACGACAGAGGAAGUGUUAGCAGCGACUACGAGGGUCAUUCUUCAAACACGGCGCUCUCCGCUAACCACCAUUAUCGCCCCCACAACAUUUCUGGUCGUCAUGGUGAUGUGACGUCACCAGAAUUCCUCGCCUCCUCGCGUGCUUUGAAUGGGUUUGCUGCGAGCGGCGGCGGCGAGUUGACAGAAACUCACACUCUCAACAUCAACAACCACUACAACAACAACUACAGCUACAACAGCAACGUGGCGUACUCAAGAACAAGGAGAGACAGACGCGAGAGCUCGGCUCACAUGACGGGCAAAAGACUCCACCACACCCACGAGAAUGAGGAAGAAAGCGUUGUCGGAGGUCAAGGCUGUACUCUCAGCCAGCCAGACAGCCCCCAACCCAAAGCAGCACGCUGCGAAAUCAACACCACCACCACCACCAACAACAACAACAACAGCAACAACCACAACAACAGCAACAACAGCGACAACAACAGCACCCAUCACGGCACGACUUCCGUUCUGCCCCCGUGUCGGAUCUGCGGCGCGAAAGCUUCGGGUUUCCACUACGGCGUGAACAGUUGCGAGGCGUGCAAAGGCUUCUUCCGGCGCGCCCUCAAGCGGCCCAUGGUCUUCUACUGCACCAAGAACAGAACGUGUGACGUGAAGGGCAACAAACGAAGCACGUGCCGGUUCUGCCGUUACAAACGAUGCCUCAGUCUCGGGAUGUCUCGCGAGGCCAUCAAGACGGGGCGCUACUCUCACAAGAAGAGAACAAGGGACACUAUCGAGGUGAAACGUCUGCAGAGUUAUCCCAACAUGGCGUCUGAAGACAAGGAACUGGAUGCUGUGUUGAGUAAGUUGGUGGUCGCCCAUGACACUACUCUCCUCUCCUCUACCUACACCCUGGAAAGUAUCAUCUACAAGCGGCAGCUGGAAUACCACAACAUCUUUCUGCUGCACAAGAAAUUCGGGAACUACGCCGGGCUGGGCCAAGGCUGCUGUGAUGGUAGCAGCAGCAGUAGUAGCAAUAACAGCAGCAGUAGUAGCAACAGCAGCAACAGUGGUAGUAGUAGUAGUAGCAAUAGCAGCAGUAAGAGCAGCGGCAGUUACGCUAACAGCAAAAACAACAACAAUAAUAAUAACUACAACUACAACUACAAAAAUAACAACAAUAACAGUAGCAGCAGCAGCAGCAGCAGCAACUACGGUGAUAAGACAAUGUCUAACAGCACGUGUAAUGAAGUUGACAGCUCGUGUGAAAUACAGGACACAAUUAUCGUGCACCCCAUGACAAAGUUGGAAGAGGAAGACCAUCGUCUUGACAGCCGCAAAACCUGCUCUCCGGUGUCCUCUAUGUCUGCAACGGCUUCCCCUUCAUCAUCAUCAUCGUCAUCAUCAUCCUCCUCCUCCUCCUCCUCAUCAUCAUCAUCAUCAUCGUCAUCAUCAUCAUCAUCGUCAUCGUCGUCGUCGUCGUUUUCUUUCGCAAGCCUCUCAACAGACUCUGGCUUUGACGACGACCACCACAGCGCGCCCACUGAAGACAGCAAAAAGACAUCCCUGUCGGCAGACACCGACGCGGACAACAAAGACGCCAUCUCUUACCAAGCUCUCGAUCUCAGCUGUAAAAAACAGGAGCCGCUUACCUCUGAGGCGACAGACCACCCAUCUGUCAAGAUGAUAACAACGAACCACGAAGCGUCUGGGUUCAAACCCGUGGUCGAUAAGGGUUCUCCUGUACCGCCCACAGAAGCCCUUAACACGGACAUCCACGAACAGUAUCCUCAAACUCCUGACAGCAAAAACCUUUCUCUGGUGAAAUUCCCCCAGGAAACGGGAUCUCCCUCGAAUACCUCAACCUCUCGUAUCGAUACGACUCCGCAGAAAUACAACAGCAACAGCAACAGUAACAGCAAUAUCAGCAGCAGCAACAACAGCAGCAAUAGCAACAGCAGCAACAGUAGCAACAAUAGCAGCAGCAGCAGCAAUUUCUCAGCAGACACCAAAGACUUUGUGCGGAAUAAGAACGUGGCAUGCUGUGGGAAGACAGAACCGACUGACAACAAAGAUCACCCUCUUUCACCCACCUCCCCCAACACUAUCGCUCGGUCAGACGUCGAGCUGAAAAAGCCACCAUCUUGCUGCACGCAGACCACGUCACACCUGCUUGACCACGCGGGAAGAUCUGAUGAAAUGAUGAUGAUGGAUACAACAGACUUCUACCCCAGCAACCCCACUGGUUUUGAAGACUCACCACCACCACCAGGUCGGCGCGCGAAUGGUAAAAAAGGAAAACUCCGCGGUUCAGGACCGGUUGUUUCCGUGUUCGGUUCGGACGAAAAAGUUGGGAGAGCGCACGUGAAGGACUCACGAAAGGUGUGUUGCGUGCAGGGUGUGGUCUCCGAGAUCGUACAGAUGCCCAUCCACUCAUCACCGACUGACCUCAACAAACUGAACACUGGAACCAGCUGGCCUAACGCUCUGGACAUGCGCAAUGAACCGCGGUCUGCCAGCGUGAGGAGAGCUGAGAAGUGGGUCAUGGGCUACGUGAGCUUUGCCAAGGUCAUCCCUGG